AUGCCAGCCAGCCGAGGGGAGUGGGGCCUCUCACAGCUGAAGCGUCCUGACUCAAAUGCCUGUGUGCUCUGUGGAAACGCACCCACAGCUUUGGCUUUCCAUCCGCCCAGAGCCAGAGUCAGCCCUGGCCCUGCCCAGAAUAACCCCCCCCCCAACCUGGGCCACUACCCUGCCCCUGCACACACCCCAUGCAGACCCAGAGAGAACCACAGCCCUGCCAGUCUGCAUGGGGUUGGGGGCCCCGCCCCCGGGUCCAAAUGCCUAGGAUUUAGCUUCGUGGCAAAACAACGCAGACUCUUCCGGAGAGAGAGCGGUCGAUUCUUCAGACUUCUACCGCAUCAAACUACACAGAGGGAAGUGAAAAACGCUGACUGGUUUGGACGCUCACACACCCUGGUGCAUCAUGGGGGAGUUACUGCGGAGCGAGGAGAUGACUCUGGCCCAGCUCUUCCUCCAGUCUGA